ACAGCCGCUGCAUCCGCAGUCACCUGAAAGAAGCUCGUCUUAUUUAUUGUCUUUUCCUUUUAAAAGUAAAUGAAUAAUACAUGUAACGCGUUUUAUUUCUCAGUUAACAUCUGAAAGUGUAAUAGGGAAACACUUUACAGCGAAAGAUGCCAUUGGAAAGCUUUUACGCAUCACGCGUCCCUGGGCGUUGAUCCUCCUGACGAAGAAAAUUAAAAAGUAGACAAAAUCUUGGUGUUCGUGCACUUGGCGUGCGGACUGUCGAUAAUGAGGUAUGGAUUUGUGGUUCUUGCAGCUGGGUUCACAGGUUUGCUCAGUUUCAGCCUCCUCGCUGUGGCAAUUGGGACAGAUUAUUGGUACAUAAUCGAUGUCAAUAAACCCAACUACACUGGAUCAGAGGACCUAAGUUCACAUUCUGGACUGUGGAGGAUAAAUGAAGGAAAAAACAGGAGUUCUGUCAUCCACUCAUUCACAGCAAAUUUAUCCAGCCUGUCGGAGACAGAAAGGAACCUUCUUGGCUUGCACAGGGUGGUGGUCAUCAUGCUACCCUUCAGUCUGGUCUUGCUGGUGUUUGGCUGGAUCUUCGGACUUGUCAGUUCUUUGGCUCGUAGUCCAAACCUGUUGUCCGGAUCAGGAUGCUACUUCCUCUUCUGCAGUCUUUUUACCCUGUGUGGGAUCAGCAUCUACAUCAGAUACUCACAGCAGGCCAUGGAAGAGUUCCAGCGCAUCGUGCCCCCAGAAAACCUCACUUAUGUGGACGUGUCCUUUGGCUGGUCCUUUGCCAUAGCCUGGCUCUCCUACAGCCUGGAAGUGGCCACUGGUUUGCUGCUGAUGCUGGCUGCCAGAGUAACCCAACUGAAGGGACACUAUGAUUCUGGUGUAGCUUUUGCUAUGGUAUAGAUUAAAUUAAAGGUACAGUGUGUAAGAUUUAGCAUCAUCUAGUGGAGAUGUUGCAGAAUGUGCCAGGUUAUGCUAGCGGUCACAAUUUUCUUUCCGUUCAUGUUAUUGCUUCUUUAGUGAAGGGGAUUCACACUCUCUUGUCUUCUCUUGUGAUAAUCAAUAUAUAUGAUCCUUCAUUUCAUAAAAUAAUUGCUCUCAAGUUUGGUAGCCUGCACAAGUAGCCAUAGAAAAUUGAAAGGUGAGCAUGCACCAAUCAAUCUUUUUUCU